AUGGGCUCAACUCGCCGUCCGAACUUCCUCAUCAUUGUCGCCGAUGAUCUCGGAUACAGUGACACCAAGCCAUUUGGAUCGGAAAUCGAAACUCCCGCACUUGAUUUUCUGGCACGUACAGGAACAUGCCUGACCAAUUUCCACACCGCGUCAGCCUGUUCACCGACUCGCUCUAUGCUGUUCUCCGGCACCGACAAUCACAUUGCCGGGCUGGGCCAGAUGGCCGAACACAUGAGAAAUGCCAAACAAUACCAAGCAAGCCAGGCCGCCUUGUCUGAAGUGCUGCAGGACGCUGGCUAUUUCACCGCCAUGUCAGGCAAAUGGCAUUUGGGACUGAAGAAAGAGAUCGCUCCCUGUUCUCGCGGGUUUGAGAAGAACUUCUCGUACCUUGCUGGAUGCGGAAACCACUUCAACUACGAGCCUCAGCUGGAACAUGCUGGAGAUGGCUUCCUGGCCCCAUUGAAAUCAUCAAUUACUCCAAUACUUGACUUCCAGGGAAGACGACGACGACCGACCUUUCUUCGCCUACCUCCCUUCACAGCACCCCACUGGCCCCUCCAGGCUCCGCGCGAGCUAAUCAACAAAUACAAAGACCUCUACAACGAAGGCCCCGAAGUCCUCCGCCAAAAGCGCCUAGAACGGCUCAUCCAACUAGGUCGCGUGCCCAAAGACGUCAAGGCGGCGCCCAUAACCCUCGAAAGCGACGACUGGGCCUGGAAUAAACUGAGCGACGAGGAACGCGCCGACUCAGCCCGCAAAAUGGAAGUCUUCGCCGCAAUGGUCGAUCUCAUCGACCAGAACAUCCAAAGAGUCAUCGACCACCUCCAAUCAACCGACGAACUAGACAACACUUUCAUCCUGUUCAUGUCCGACAACGGCGCCGAGGGUGCAAUGCUUGAAGCCCUGCCCGUCAUGGGCCCCUCAGGCAACGUCAAGGCCAUCAUCGAUAAGUACUACGAUAACUCGCUGGAGAAUAUAGGCAACCCAGACUCGUUUGUCUGGUACGGUCCGGCGUGGGCCAGCGCGGCUAUGGCUCCUUCACGCGGAUUCAAGACCUGGAUCACGGAGGGUGGCAUCCGGUGUCCGUGUGUGGUGCGGUUUCCGCCGCUGGGAGUUAGUAACGGGCAGACUGACUCGUUUGCAACGGUCAUGGAUAUUUUCCCGACGAUUCUGGAUCUAGCGGGCGUGCCUCUUCCCGGAGAACAGUUUAGAGGGAGGGAGGUUGUUCCUGUGCGAGGUUCGUCGUGGGUGCCGCAUCUUGCGGGCCGGACGGCAGAAUUUCAUGAGGAUCAGGGAGGUUAUAUUACGGGAUGGGAGUUGUUUGGGAGACGGGCUAUUCGGCAGGGUCCGUGGAAGGCGCUCUAUAUGACUGCGCCGAGGGGGAAGGAUCGGUGGGAGUUGUAUCAUCUGGAGGAGGAUCCUGGGGAGGUGGAUGAUCGGGCGGACUCGGAGCCGGAGAUUUUGCAGAGGUUGAUUGAACAUUGGGAGGUGUACUAUGCUGAGACGGGGAUGAUUGAUCCAGCGCAGGAGUUUCCGUAUACGAAGAUUUGA